AUGGUCUCAGACACCCGUGAUGUGGUUCCCGGGACCAUUCAUCUGGUUGAUACGGAGCAUCACACCAGCCAUCACCACGACAUUGUUCUGAAUCCUCGUCCGAGCGCUGAUCCUGAAGAUCCUCUGAACUGGAAACCAUGGCGUAAGCAAUUGGCCAUCUGGAUGGUGUACACCUAUAUUUUCGGCCUGGCCAUUGCUACCACGGUCCAAUACUCCAUCCUUGCCGACAUCGCCGAAGAGACUGGUAUCUCCAUUGCAAAUCUCAAUACUGGCACGGGAUUGAUGUUCUUGUUCCUCGGUUGGGGUUGUCUGAUCUGGCAGCCAAUCGGGUUGGUCUUCGGCCGCCGUGGUGUCUAUGUCCUCACAAGCUUGCUCACGAUCGGACCCAUGGUCUGGACAGCAUAUACUCGCUCAGCUGGAGAGUGGUAUGCUCACCGAAUAUUGAUUGGGCUUGCUUGUGCUCCAGUUGAAUCACUGCCCGAAGUGUCGGUGCCGGAUCUCUUUUUUGCCCACGAGCGAGGAUUCUACAUUGGCAUCUACGCACUCUUUGUCUUUGGAGGAAACGCCCUGGCCCCCUUUUUGGCCGGAUUCGUUGCCGAUGCCUACGGAUGGCGAGCCGCCAUCUGGUUUGGUACCAUUGUACUCGCCGUGACUACGGUCAUCAUUUAUUUUGGCCUCGAAGAGACGAUGUACUUUCGCGAGACGAUUGAAGGAGUUGACGAAGGAGAUGCCAUCCAUGAAGAACGACAAUCCAGCAAGAUCGUUUCCGAGACUGACACACCGACCGAGAAGAAUGGACCUGUUGCUAAUGUGGAAAGUGGACUUUCCUCUCCACCAGCCGAACGCGUCUCUCGCUACCCGAAGCCUCGUACAUACCUCCAGAAACUGUCCCUUUUCCAAAACUUGCCGGGUCGUCCUUCAGUCAAGCAAAUGUUCGUUAUGAUGUACCGACCACUCCUCGUCUUCUUUUACUUCCCAUCCGUCGACUGGUCUGGUUUUCUCUAUGGAAGCAACCUAUCCUGGUAUACCGUUGUCAAUGCAACCAUGAGUCUAAUUCUCAGCGGCGCCCCUUACAACUUCGCCCCAAGCAUGGUUGGCACGUCAUAUCUUUCGGUCUUCACGGGCGCUCUACUCGGUGCGCUUUGGGCUGGAUGGGUUGGAGAUAAAGUCGCCUUGUAUCUCGCUCGUCGCAAUGGCGGGAUUCGAGAACCGGAACAUCGCCUAUGGACACUUCUUGUCUCCGGUGCCAUCGGUGCGGGCGGCUUCAUUCUCUGGGGGGUGGGUGCCGCUCAUCAAGUUCACUACAUGGGACUGAUCAUCGGCGUGGGAAUGGUUGAGUUUGCGGUCGUGGCUGGUGCUUCGGCUGCCAUUUCAUAUGACGUUGAUUGCUUCAAAGAGAUUGCAGGCGAGACUUUGAUUCUUGUCAUUGUCAUCCGCAACACCAUGGGGUUCGGUUUCUCGUAUGGUAUCACACCAUGGCUGGACGAUCAGGGACUGGUCAAGACGUUUGUUGCUGUCGGCAUGCUCUCGCUUGCAUGUACUUUCAGUUUCUUGAUCUUUAUCUUCUUUGGUAAAAAAUUGCGAAAGCUCUCAGCCAAGAAGUACUGGCAAUAUGUCGAUACACUGGUGGGUGGCGGUGCGCAUUAA